UACACAUACACAAAUAUCUCUUUGUGUAUGUAUGCAUUUCACCUCACUCAACUUUGUGUGUAAUUUGUCUUCGUGUCGCCCUUACUCCUAUUUUUCAUUUUGAAACCAAUGUUAUGUAUUAAAAGUUUUGUAUAAAUCAUGAUUUAACCGAAUAACGAAUUUAUAGAACGUUUAUUUACUGUGACAAUGAGCUUAGUAUGUAAGAUAAAUUGCAUAUUUGCGUGAGGCUUCAGUCGUCACGGAGUUGUAGCAAGGGAAGUUUGGAGAAUGUCGGGUGCCAGCUCCGAACUGUGAUGUGGGCUUGUUAGAGGGUAGUUAUAAGAUGAUGGAAUACUAAUCGCCUAGUGUCAGUUUGCCGCGUUGUAACCAGGCGCGAUGGAUCCCUCUAUCUUUUUGCAAUAUUCUCCCCCAAAUGGGCUUCCCCAGGAAUCAAAACUAGCUACGUAUAUGACCCUUCAGAAUGGACCCGUUCCACAAUACACAACACAUUACGUACCACAUCUGUCUAUCUACCCCAUUGUUAGAAGAGAGGAGGUUGAAGAGGCGGAGGAAUUAGAGAGAGAUUUACGGAACCGUUCUACAUCAACCCCCACAAGAUCCCUGAACCAGGCGAUGGGCAAGCUGAGCUUGGAGUCUUCCCCUACAGCCAUUAAAAAACCCUUCCCACAGGUCCUGAUAGGGGAGUUCAUGCCUGUGAACUAUUUCACGCCAUUCCUCCCUGAGUCCCCGGAGAGCUCGCCCCCCUCCACCCUGGCUAAUCUCCAGGGGAACCUCCAGGGAAACCUCCAGGGGAACCUCCAGGGAAACCUCCAGGGGAACCUCCAGGGGAACCUCCAGGGAAAUCUCCAGGGAAAUAUUCCAGGGAAUAUACAGCAAAAUACCCAGCAAGUACAUCAGGAGAAUGUCGGCGGCACGACGUAUUUUUAUUCCACAAACGACAGUAUGAACUCGACCGGCGGGCUCAAUGCUUCUGCACCUAUGGGCCAGCCGGAGCAAUGCCUAGGCGUGGUGGGCCCGGGGCCGGCGGUGCCCUCCCCGUACGCGACGCAGAUGUAUGCAGGCACACCUACACACAUGGGACCCAUAACGCAGACCAAGCCUGGGCUCGCAGCGACGUUCUACAUGCCCGAGACCAUUCGCCAGGAGAUCUACCAGCGGAACGAAGAGGUGUUCCUGCAAACGGACCUGCGGCAGUUCCCUGAUCUACCAGAGAAUGUCGAGAUGUACUCAGAGCUGACGCCGAUCGAGUGCACCCCGCACUCUCUCGCUACAUCGUACCGCGCCACGCACCGCCAGAGCGGCGAACACUACGCUCUGCGCCGCCUGCAUUCGUACUCGAACGUGGCCACCAAGCGGCUCGAGAUGUGGAAGAAUAUCGACCACCCGAACAUCGUGCGGCUGCAUGAGUGCUUCACCACCAAGGCGUUCGGUGAUCACUCAAUGGUGUUAGUAUACGACUACCACCCGGCGUGCGUGACCGUUAUGAACAAGUACCUCUCCGGCGGGAGCUCGGCCCCCGGCGAGGGCAACACCUUCCACGACCCCUUCAGCUCCGACCCGGACGCGCCGCGACCCUACACACACCAGAAAAACGCCAUGCUGCGGGCAGUGGCGUGCGGCGCACUGCUCCCAGAGGCGGUGCUCUGGAGCCUGCUAGUGCAGCUGACGGCCGCUCUGCGCGCCAUUCACACCGCCGGACUGGCUUGCAGAAACCUGGACCCGACGAAGGUGGUGAUGAACGGGUGUCGAGUGCGCGUGGCCUGGUGCGGCGUCGCCGACGCGCUGCACACAAACACCAACGACGUGGGACAGGCGCAGCAAGAGGACCUCACGUCGCUCGGCCGGCUCGCGCUGGCGCUGGCGUGCCGCACGGUGCACUGCGACAACCUGCCCGCCUCCAUGGACCUGGUCGCGCGCACCUACUCCGCCGACCUCAAGAACCUCAUACUGUACUUGCUGUCGACGUCGCCCGCCCGGCGGUCCGUCACGGAUCUCAUGCCAAUGAUCGGAGCCAGAUUCUACACACAGGUGGAGGCGCUGGAGAGACGAGCGGACGCGUUCGAGGAGCAGCUCGCGCGCGAGAUCGACAACGGUCGGCUGCUGCGCAUACUGAUCAAGCUGGGCGUCGUCAACGAGCGGCCUGAACUGAACAUGGACCCAGCGUGGUCAGAGACCGGCGACCGCUAUAUGCUGAAGCUGUUCCGCGACUACCUGUUCCACUCGGUGGGCGCGGACGGCCGGCCGUGGCUCGACCACGCGCACCUGGCGCACUCCCUCAACCAGCUGGACGGAGGCUCAUCCAACCGGGUCGAACUGAUGUCUCGAGACGAGCAGAGCGUGCUCGUGGUGUCGUACGCGGAGCUGAAGCACUGCCUGGAACAGUCCUUCGAGGAGGUGACCCAGGCCGCCUCCAGCUCGCACCUCACCAACUAACCGCACAGAUCUCACAACACUUGUCUAACGUUAGGUGAACAUUUAGUUUGGUCGACUCUUCUGGAACAAGGACUGCGACUGUUGAAGUAUUGGUAAUACACGCUAGUUCUUCCGAACUGACGGUUUUUGUCUGAGUAUUAACUAUAAUCUGUUCUUUUAGAUAUUUAAAGGAAUGUAAGCUACCAUAAUCACGUCCCUCCGAUAUUAUAUCUUUAGCUGAAUGAUCGAGUCGACGGGGUUCUGUUAGUUUGGAUUUCUUUAAAAAUCUUAACAAACAGACGAUAGUUGUUAAGGAUCUCUCAGUUUUAUGAAACAAAUGGGAUGUCAUAAUCUUGUUAGCGAUCGAUAGAUUUACCCGAUAAGUAGCUGGUUAAAGCUACAAGAAAUUACACACGAGUGUAUUAAUGUAAAUAAAAGGAAGGUGGAAAAACAUCUUGUAAUAACUAGUUUGCUACUUAUGCAACUUUUAAAUGGAUUUACUUCUGAAAUGUGUUAAUUGAUAAACUCUUUGUUAAUUGGUAUUUAACAAUUUUGUAUUGUUUACAAAAGUAGAAACACUGGUUAUACUCUGUAUCUUUAGGUAUUUAAAUAAAAGUUAACAAAAUCUACCCUCAAAUGGCAGUUGAGGGUAGAUGAAAACAUUACAUGAUCAAAUAAUUUAGGUUAAAGUCAGGUCGUUCAGUGAAUGAUCCAGGCGGUUUUGUAAUUGGUCAGUUAGCCAAUAAAUGUUAUAACUACCCAAAAAUGUACAAAUUGUUUGUUUACUUUUAUUUAUAUAACUAAAUAUACAGACUAUAGGUACUUUACCGCGCACUGACGGCCAGUUUGUUUUACAAUUAUUUAUUAACCAUUUGAAUGUGUGAACUAAGUACAUUAGUUGAACAAUACGGACACCUUAUGUAGUAAGAUUAUGUGCAUUAGUUGUUAUAAAUAUGAAUCGAACUGUCGUCAAACUAGCCAAGGUUGGGUUCAGUUAAGAAAAUUAAGAGCUACUUUUUACAUAAUCUCCUUGGUAAUUAAUAUAAAGUCCACGAGACAUUUUAUAUUAUCGUCAUUGUGACAAGCGAAUGUGGCCCAUAAUUCGAAUUUGUUGACAAGGCAGAAUUAUUUACCACGCGCUAAAAUGAAUAUUUUACGCCGUUAUACGAGAUUGACGAGAGGUAGGGUUAUUAGGAGUUGAUGCUUUAAAAACAGUACAAAUACGGCUGUCGCUCGCGACCUUUGUGUUCACCGUGCAAUAUGAAAUUAACAUAUUUUUGUAAUAAAAUGCCACACUCGCUAAAGCUCUGCCAAUGUACCGGGAUGCGAGGAGUAUUUGUUCGUGCAAGUACCUAUUGCCUCAUGUGAAACGUUCAACUAUAUGGUUUCAGUGGUAUACAAAUUAUUAUGUACGCUGCAGAAACGUCGUCAGAAAAAAAUUGCAAUUAAACUGAACGUGAGUGGUGGUUUUAAAGUUUUCUUCCGUGUAUAUGUUUUAAAGCUGGCAAUGUAAAAUCGCUGUUGAUUGCCAAGAAUAUAUAGCGGUCAGUGAAUAAUAACCAGUUUUGAACGGUUUCUGUGUCCCGUUACAUUGGCAGACGUCUAUGCGAAGGGUCUAGUAAGAAAUUAUACUAAAUGAGCAACUAGAUUAUUUGAUCAACCCCGGAUGUAUUACGAAAUGACAAUAAAGUGUCAAACUGGACUACAAAGUUAUCUUUGCCGUUACGAGCAACUCUGUCCUCGGCUGAUGCAUGAGGGUUUGUCCCGCGUCUCGCCGGCAUUGAUAACUUUGUACAAGCGAUAUUGUAAUAGCACCAACGACACUAAAACACCAGGUGUAGUUGUGCCACACUAGGUAGGUCGGUUCGUACAUAAAUUAUCACGAUAUACUGAAGAGCAAUACGAAUAUUGUGUAUUUGAUUUAAUUCUAUGCAAAAUGUUUCAGUUUUGAUUGCUCUUGAUUUUAGACUUUUAUAAUAUCGAUUUCGUCAGUUAAUGAAUGCCCGAUGACGGCAAUAGGGUAGAUACUUACUGACAGUAGGCUUAGCACCGGAACGCCGCCACAGUAUCUGGCCCGCGAGAUAAACUAACCAUCCCUCUCUUAUUAAUACGGGUAGAAAAUGACGCGUAGUCUAUUUUGCGCGCGAACUACUUUCGCAGCGCUCCUGUGCUAAGAAUACAGGGGUUUUUCGAAUCCUAGCCUUAUUUUAGAAUAGACAAAACAUACAAUUUGGUACACAUGAUACAAUUCUAACAAGGCUGUAUCAGUUGGUGCUGUUACGUAUAUUAGUCCAGUUAAUAUUUCACCCAGAUUGAACAGCCGCCUGAACAAACGCAACAAACAUUCCAUACUAACAACCGAGCAAGAGCGACGCGUUGAGGGGAGUCAGUGUCUUCGCGUCUCGAACGUAACAGUUUACGUUGAACUGAGGUUUUGCGUGAGAAAUGAGGGUAAAUAUAACAGUUAUCAAUCGAAGUAUAGAAGCGACGCUCUUAAUAAUAAGUUAUGUUUCAGAACAUAAUCAUGCAACUGCGGGUUUGCCAACCCUAAUGGGAUAAGUGUCGCUUCUAUACGGUUGAAUUCUUAUGUCGGCUUGGGACCGGGGUUUACCACGGACGUAACAGCGGAUAUGGGAAAUUCUGAUAGUUCCAAUGCGAGGUAAAGUGUGUCAUCCCUGAGGUGAUGAAAUUUUGCGUUUAAACUCGACCAAUGCAUGUAAGUAUAAGUAACCUACAGUAGGUUACCCAAUAAACUUGGCAUAAUAUUUAUUAUAACAUCAUAAAUAAGUAAACGCAAUCAUUAGAAAGGAACCUCGCUAACAUUGAAUCCGAAGUGUACGUCGAUACCUGUGGAAACACCCGCAAGGCCCUUAGGUAUACUGCGAAUAGCAUUCUAACGUUAAUGAUAUGCCACGUAGAUCUGAAUUUGUACGUAUUGCUUGGUGGGGCCCAAAAUGAAUGAACAAUAAUGUACUACUUAACGAGAACAAUGAAUAUUUAGCUGUAAGAAACAAUUUAAUUCCUUUUUAUCAUCCACUACUAGACUAAUUUUCAUUUCCAAGUAACCACGGCGGGUGUGUGGAUGGCUUAAACUUUUCAAAGACAAUACAUGUUGAAAUAAUAGCGGACGUCAUUUUCUAAGGUAACAAUGGUGUUGACGAUCGGCGUAACUCGAAAAUUGUUUUAUGGACAUUACUAACAUUAGGUACACUCUCUUACGCAAUUUUUGGUGCACGUAAUAUAAUGUAGAUCAAAGUUACGUAUUUACCGAUGUUGUCCUAGUGAAUAACGCUGACUGAAUUUAGUUUGUCUUUAAAUUGCUUUAAUAUGCACACGAUGCUCGCCACGGUAAAAGGCUGUGGAGUUUGUAAAGUAGGUAUGUUACAAAGGAACUAAAUGACAAUAUAACGUCGCCAUCUAAAAGCUUUGUACCUAUGAUGUUCAUGAUCAUUGCUUAAAUAGAUUGUUAUCUGGAUAUAACAACGCGUGAUUUCAUACAAAGCUUUUUGUCAAGUCGACGAUUAAAUUGUAUACGUACUCUGGGCCCUCCUUUUCUUAGAGUCCCUCUAGAGCGACGGUUAAGGAGAAUGGAGCCAAAAGAGCUCAAAUUUUGAUAAUAAUAGCAAUAAACUGUUAACUUCAAACCGUUGCCAACAGAGGUACUCUAGCUGAUUUUAAAAUGAUAUGUUUCUUGCCACAUUAUUUGCUCCUGUUGCUCAUUACUGUAAAAUCUGAUGCCCAAGUUGAAAGACACCUCUAGCACAAUGUUUAUAGAAGACAAGUAAUAAUAAACUAAUUUAUAUAAGUCGAGUAGUCAUCGCAAUAAACGCGUUUGUGCUAGAGGGUCAAGUCGAUGACGGGCUUAAGGGUGCGUUCGGUUCGCUAUUAACUUGAAAUAUAUAGAUGUAGAGUCUGUGCGGAAAGAGAAGAGUCGUGGGAUUUGAGGGCGCGCCAGUACUAUUUUAUGGUUUUUGCUAUGCUGACAACACUGGUCACGUGAUUAUAGUACGACACUAAAGGUCAUGAUACUUGAAUCCCUUUUGUUCCGGUUUUUUACCACGGCUUACUAAACGGAGCCUGGUGGCGGUGUAGGCUCGCCAACUCAAUCCUCUGAUUUAGCGCAGGCACUAGUUUUCUUUUUAAAACACACUCUUUUUAUGUCUCAGAUACUAAAAAGUGACAGUGCGAUUGACAAAAACUCCUAAAACUAGUUAAGAAUCUGCCCAAUACAACUGUAAUUUUAGUACCAAACAAGAUAGAGUCUCAUUUAUGUAAUGCCUAAUCUGUGCAGUCCAACAGUUAUUUUAAUACAAAACCGGGUAGAUCGGGUAGAAAUUGGGCAAUAGAACUGUAAUUUUACUAUCUGGGAUAUAUUUCACCCAUUGUAAACUUGACUUGUAAUGUAUGUGUACAUUCUUAAUAAUAAAUAUGAAUAUGAAUAAAAAUAGUGCAUAUGUAGGUAGGCCUUAUUGGGAUAUGUCCGGUUCUCUCAUCUCACGAUAUUUUACUUCGCCGAAAAGUCACUGCUAAAUAUGAAAUAUAAUUUCGUAACUAACAGAACCUAGUAAACGAACUUCCAAAUAAAGAAAUAUUUUAUUAGAAAUUUUUACAUAUAAAUAUGCAUAAAAUGGCAAGUAUCAAGCCUAUUUGUCAGUUAUUUUAAAGAUCAUGAAUGACCUGCAUAUUUAUGAAAAUUAAUAUAUUUUGAAUGAAUAUACUUACCGAUUAUGUACCGGAGACAAGUUACUUAGGGGGCUUAUUAAAUAGGUAAUUAUUUAAUAUUAAAUACAACAUCAAUACCCGUGAACAGCGGAAACACGUUCCGCGACUUUUUUUAAGUCGAUAGUCGGCUUUUAGCCGUUUUCUUCCCGCUGACAAAACCGAACAAUGUUAAAUAUAAUAUUUUCCUUGUGGUUUUAUGUACGGUUUUAUCGUGUUUUGAAAAUAUUUUAUACGUAAAACUUGCGGUUUUUAUUAAUAAAAAUAUACAAUGACAGAAGUUUGUUUACUUUUUACAAGACAGGUGUUUGAUUGCCAUAUAAAAUUUAAAAUGUUAGUUCCCGUUUCUGCCACGACUCUUCUCUUUCCGCACAAACUCUAUAAUUAUUUUCCAUCGUAUUUAUAUACACGAACGUGUCUUGAUAUUUCAGUCAGUCUCGGUACAAAAAGUACUGAGGUUGACUGAAGUAGCAUGACUAAUACGAACGUUUCCGAGAAGAUACGAUGGAAAACAAUUAUGCUCUACAUCUGUAACGAAUUGUGCUCAGUUGUCACCGACGAAACCGUCCGGCUAGCAACGGAAACUCACACACGUAUAAAAGAGAGGUGAUCAACGUGGGUUUUCAUCGCGCUGAGCCAUGCCCUGUCUUUGGCGGCUGAGACGUAAACUAAUAACUGUAUAAUUUGGUUUAGGAAAAUAAUUAUAAUGUUGUACAUAAAUGAGAUGCUAGGUCUUACGACACGGUUACAAAAAUGUUACGUCCAGUAAAUGAUUCAAUUUAUGCAAAAUCAAACGUAUGUAUAAAAUAGAGAAUUAAAUGUACCAAUUUUCGUGAGGAUAUCAAUAUAUAUGUUUUAAACCUUUACUGAAUACCCAUUGUUAAUAUGAGGUCAAGUUUCCAGCGUGUCGAACGCACCUCUGUGUAUAUUUUCGUACCCUACGUCCGUUAUAUUACAAAUUCCGAUCUAUGUAUUGAUGGCCAAUGUUUCAUUGUCUUGAAGUUAUGAAACUUAAGAAGGAAAUAUUUUGAGAUAAUUAUAAGUGUAUAUUUUUUUCUAACAAAUAAAAAGUUUUGAAAUUA